AUGGCCCAAGCAAACACGAGCCAAGUCCUUUCCAACAGGGCCCAAGAUGUAAGCAACGCAACGGCUGCGAAUCUCAUGUGGGACAUUUUAAGCGACAUCUGGUGCCCAUCGACCAAUCCGGGAGGCUACGUCAAUGUCGGAGUCGCAGAGAAUGGCCUCAUGCACGACGAGCUCCUCAAAUACAUCAACACAAAGCUUGAGCUACCUGCAAAGUACCUCACAUACAACGACGGAGGAGGCGGAUCGACCAGGCUUAGAAGCGCCGUGUCCCAGUUUCUCAACCGCCAUCUGCACCCAGUCAAGCCGCUAGAGGCUGAUCAACUGGUCAUCACGAAUGGUGUCUCGUCUGCAAUUGGACAUGUAUCAUGGGCAUUCGCAGAUCCCGGUGAAGGCAUUCUCCUGGGCCGACCGUACUACGGCACUUUCAUUCCCGAUCUUUCUCAGCGCCCUCAGUCAACAGUCGUCCCAGUCAACUUCGAAGACGUCGACCCGCUCGGUCCCAAAGCCGUGGAAAAGUACGAGAAAGCCUUGCUAGAGUUCCAGCAGAGCACAGGCCAAAGAGUCAAAGCCCUGAUGCUUUGCCACCCGCACAACCCACUCGGCCGCUGCUACCCGCGCGACGUGAUCAUCGAACUGAUGAAAUUGUGUCAGAAAUACCAGAUUCAUCUUAUCAGCGAUGAAAUCUAUGCACUGUCUGUGUGGGACAAUACAAUUGACCAACACCCUCCGCCGGUGAAAUUUGAAUCCGCCCUAUCGAUCGACCCGAACGGGAUCAUUGAUCCCCGUCUGGUACAUGCCCUCUGGGGCAUGAGCAAAGACUUUGGCGCGAACGGAAUUCGCCUGGGCGUCAUCAUAUCUCAACAUAACAUCGAUUUCCACAAUGCAUUGAAGGGGAUUUCCCUGUACUCUUACCCAUCGGGCAUUUCGGAUCAUUUGACAGCGCUUAUCUUGGAGGAUUCUCAAUUCACCGAGUCUUAUAUCCAGCAGAAUCAGAAGAAGCUGUCGGACCUUUAUGCAUACACUGCGACCUAUGUGAAGAACCAUGGCAUUGAGUAUGCCACAGGGUGCAAUGCGGCUUUCUUCCUUUGGGUUAACCUGGGCAAGAAGUAUCGCGAGCUGCACCCGGAGCUAUCCGAAGAUGAGGAGAUCGGAGAGAAGGUGAUGUCACAGUUAUUGAAACACAGAGUGUUCUUGGCUAGUGGUGCCCUCUUUGGAUCGGAGAAGAGCGGUUGGUUCAGGAUUGUGUUCUCACAGCCGAGGGAUAUUUUGGAGGAGGCCCUGAAGAGGAUUCUUGCGGCCCUCCAGGAUUAA